AUGGAUGAAGAGUUGGGAGAAUUGGGUGUGUUGAAACAGGUAGAAGGGAUCAUGCUUGGGAACGGGGUUGUUGGGAUCUUGGCAGAAUCUGUGAAUAAAUGGGAAAGAAGGGCACCUUUGACACCAUCACACUGUGCUCGAUUACUUCAUGGUGGAACAGGUGUUUCUAGAAUCAUUGUGCAGCCUUCCACUAAGAGAAUUCACCAUGAUGCUCUGUAUGAAGAAGUUGGCGCUGAAAUAUCACAAGACUUGUCACAAUGUGGUCUCAUUCUUGGCAUUAAGCAACCGAAGCUGGAAAUGAUAUUGCCUGAUAGAGCUUAUGCCUUCUUCUCCCAUACCCAUAAAGCACAGAAAGAGAACAUGCCUUUGCUGGAUAAGAUUCUAGCUGAGAGGGCAUCAUUGUUUGACUAUGAGUUAAUUGUCGGGGACAACGGGAAACGGUUACUUGCAUUUGGAAAAUUUGCUGGUAGAGUUGGAAUGGUUGACUUCUUGCGUGGGUUAGGACAGCGGUUUCUAAGUCUUGGAUACUCAACACCUUUCUUGUCACUUGGAUCAUCUUACAUGUACCCUUCCCUGGCUGCUGCUAAGGCUGCUGUGAUUUCUGUUGGUGAAGAAAUUGCGACCCAGGGAUUGCCAUUGGGGAUUUGUCCCUUGGUUUUUGUAUUUACUGGUACAGGAAAUGUUUGUUCUGGUGCACAAGAGAUAUUUAAGCUUCUUCCUCAUACCUUCGUAGAUCCAUCUAGACUAAGCGACCUACAUAGAAUGGACACAAAUCAAACGAGGCACGCUUCAAAAAGAGCUUUCCAAGUUUAUGGUUGUGUCGUGACUGCGCAAGACAUGGUUGAACCCAAAGAUCCCACGAAAGUGUUUGAUAAAGCAGACUACUAUGCACAUCCUGAGCAUUACAAUCCCACUUUCCACGAAAAAAUAGCACCAUAUGCAUCUGUUAUUGUCAAUUGCAUGUAUUGGGAGAAAAGGUUUCCUCAAUUGUUGACCUAUAAGCAGACGCAAGACUUGAUGAUCCAGGGGUGCCCCCUUGUUGGAAUAGCAGACAUAACAUAUGAUCCAAUUACAAAUUCCUAUCAUGAUGAUAUGGACGGGAAUGGCGUGAUAUGUUUGGCAGUUGAUAUUCUUCCAACAGAAUUUGCAAAGGAGGCUUCUCAACAUUUUGGAAACAUACUUUCCCAAUUUGUCGUAAAUUUGGCUUCUGCUACAGACAUUACAAAGUUGCCUGCUCACUUAAGGAGAGCUUGCAUAGCCCAUAGAGGAGUUCUAACCUCCUUGUACGAUUAUAUUCCACGCAUGCGGUCUUCCGAUUCAGAGGAAGCUUCAGAAAACUCAGAAAAUUCUCUAUCUAACAAAAGAAAGUACAAUAUAUCGGUAUCUCUGAGUGGUCACUUAUUUGAUCAGUUUCUGAUAAACGAGGCUUUAGAUAUUAUUGAAGCUGCAGGAGGCACCUUCCACUUAGUCAACUGCCAUGUGGGUCAGAGUGCAAAAGCUGUAUCAUUCUCUGAACUUGAAGUUGGAGCAGAUGAUAGGUCUGUUCUUGAUCAAAUCAUUGAUUCUUUAACUGCUAUAGCUAAACCAACUGAAAAUGAUAGAUUUUCAAAUCAAGAUUCAAGUAAAAUUUCACUUAAGCUUGGUAAAGUAGAAGAAAAUGGCAUAGAGAUGGAAUCAGAUUCCAAAAAGAAGGCUGCAGUUUUAAUUCUUGGUGCUGGUCGGGUCUGUCAACCAGCUGCUGAAAUGUUAUCAUCAUUUGGAAGGCCAUCAUCAAGUGAAUGGUAUAAAACAUUGUUCGAAGAUGACUUUGAAUGUCAAACUGAUCUAGAAGUCACUGUGGGAUCUCUGUACCUGAAGGAUGCAGAGCAGAUAGUUGAGGGCAUUCCAAAUGUAAAUGGAAUCCAGCUUGAUGUGAUGGAUCAGGAGAGUAUGUGUAAGUACAUAUCACAGGUUGAUGUUGUUAUAAGUUUGCUGCCCCCUAGUUGUCACAUUAUCGUAGCAAAUGCUUGCAUCAAGUUGAAGAAACAUCUUGUCACUGCUAGCUAUGUUGAUAGCUCUAUGUCAAUGCUAGAUGAUAAGGCUAAAGAUGCUGGUAUAACAAUUCUUGGAGAGAUGGGCUUGGACCCAGGGAUUGAUCAUAUGAUGGCAAUGAAAAUGAUCAACCAAGCACAUUUACGGAAUGGAAAAGUAAAGUCUUUCAUUUCUUAUUGCGGUGGACUUCCAUCUCCUGAAGCUGCUAACAAUCCAUUGGCAUAUAAAUUCAGUUGGAGUCCGGCAGGGGCCAUCCGAUCUGGGCGUAAUCCUGCCACCUACAAAUGGGGUGGUGAAACUGUACAUAUUGAUGGGAACGAUCUUUAUGAUUCAGCUACAAGACUAAGGCUCCCAGAACUUCCUGCUUUUGCCUUGGAAUGUCUCCCAAAUCGUAAUUCAUUACUUUAUGGGGAUUUAUAUGGAAUAGCAUCUGAAGCAUCAACCUUUUUCCGUGGAACCCUCCGCUAUGAAGGCACGCUGUACAAAUGUUUCUAUUACUUUUCAGGCUAA